AUGCGUCAGCAGCACCUGAAUAACCAGCACCAGCAGCAGCAGCAGCAGCAGCAGCAGCAGCAGCAGCAGCAGCAACAGCAGCAGGUGUACGAAACAACGCAAACCGCUACUGACGAACGCCAAGCUGUACAACUCUGCCAGCAACGCCAGCAGCAGCAGCAGCAGCAGCAGCAGCAGCAACACUGGCAACAGCAGCUGCAACUGCAGCAGCAACAGCAGCAGCCAAUCGGAAUCUUGCUGCCUCAGCAGACUCUGCACGGCGGACCCGUUCUGCAGCUGCAGCAACAGCAGCAGCAGCAGCAACAACAACAGCAGCAACGCUACAGCAUCAACCGCCUGAGCAGCUUUGAAGCAGCCAGCAGAUACGGAAUAUUUUGUACAGGUGGUGGUGCAGUUGCUGCUGACCCGACAACAGCUGCAGCAGCAGCAGCAGCAGCAGCAGCAGCAGCAGGCGCUGCAGCAGCAGACGGGCUGUCGCCACCGACUGCAACAACACAGUACAGCUGCACGCAGCAGCAUCCAGCAGCAGAAGAUUUAGAAGGUGCUUUUACACCCCUUGCGGAGUCUGUUCACUCCUCGCCUCCCAGCCAGCAGCAGCAGCAGCAGCAACAGCAGCAGCAGCUACUGCUGCAUGCAGCAACAGCCACUGACGGCGAGACAGACAGCAUCCGCAAGAACCCAAGUCUGAGGACCCUUAGAAUUUGUCAGCAUUUCCAGCUGCUGCAGCAGCAGCAACAGCAACCGCAGCAGCAGCAACAGCAGCAGCAACUCAGGAGAUCAGUUACCCAGCACCCCCAGCUGCAGCAGCUUCAGCAACUGCAGCAACAGCUGCUGCAUCGUGCUGCAGCUGAGCGGUCCCCGUUGCUGCUGCAGCAGCAGCAACUUGUUGGAGAUUCUGAAGGCCUUUACUCUCCCUGUGCAGUAGACGGUACGCCAAGAGACUUCCAUCUGCAGCAGCAGCAGCAGCAGCAGCAACUGCUGCAGCGGCUACACCACAAACGUCAGAGCAGCUGCGAGAAUAUUGAUUCGAAUCAGCAGCAGCAGCAUCUGCAACAGCAGCAGCAGCAGCAGCAGCAGCCUCUGACCUUGGAACCGUAUGCUUCCGGUGUACGUCCGCCAGCGCUCAUCACUUCUCCCUCCGCAGCAGCCUCAGCAGCAGAAGCAGCAGCAGCAGCAGCGGCUGCUGCUGCAGAGCAGCAAGACCGCAUGGGCUGCCGUCAGUCUAGCCGGCGUCCUUCGAGGGUCUCUUCACCUCCAGGUGGUGUAGAUGCAGCAGCUGCUGCAGCAGCACAGCAGCAGCUGCAGCAGGCGAAGCAGCAGCAGCAGCAGCAGCAGCGGGCUUCGCCAAAUCCCGUGAGUCGGCUAUGGAGGGGUGCUUCUGCUCCUAGCGGCUGCAGCGCAGCAGCAGCUGCUGCUGGCGGUGGCUUGGCUGGUGGUGCAGGUGCCGGGACUACUGCUGCUGCUGCUGCUGCUGCUGCUGCAGCAGGUGCUGCUGCUGGUGCUGCGCAGCAGAAAGCUGCAACGCAGCAGCGUAUUCCUUUUGUAGCUGUUCAUCAGCUGCUGCCGUACUCAGCAGAAGGAGAGACAUUUUCAUCUUCACGCUGGCAAAACCCUAGAAGAAGCAGCUGGGGAGACACUUCAACUUUGCUGCUGCAGCAGCCGCUAGGUAGCGGGGCUAUGGGGCAUGUCUUUCUAGUAGAGUUAGCGGGUAAGAGCUGCGCUCUGAAGCUAGCUCUGCAGUCUGAUGCUGCUGCAUGCAUGUACAUUAGACAAGGCUGGGAGAACCUUGUUAAGCUCGAGUGUAUACACAGCCAGCAGCAACGCAAAAAACGCCAAGCUGCUGCUGCUGCUGCUGCUGCUGCUGCGGCUGCUGCGGCUGCUGCGGAUGCUGCGCAUGCGGAUACGGGUGCUGCUGCAGCUGCGCCCGCUGCAGCAGCAACAGCAACAGCAGGGAAUAUGCCACCAGGGACGCGCCUGCAUCCUGCAGAGCAGCAGCAACAGCAACAACAGCAGCAGCAGCAGGAGCAGGAAGUGAAGUCUCCUGCUGCUUCUGGGGUAGAUGAUGGUGCUGGUGCACCCCUGAGCAGCAGCAACAGCAGCAACGAGAGAUAUUUUUGCCGCCCUUUAUGCUAUCUAGAAGGCGAUUGGUACAGUUUUGGUUGUGCUGCACCUGCAACAUCCUCCCAGCAGCAGCAGCAGCAGCAGCAGCAGCAGCAGCAGCAGCAGCAGCAGCAGAGGCGAAGAAGCAAAGUGUGCGGGUAUAUAAUGGAGCAUAUCCCUGAUGCAUGUCAAUUAACUGUCUUAUCCUGGCACUUUCAUAGAAGUAUAGAUCCUUUAGGACUAGAAAGGAGACAGAAAAACUCUACUGUAGCGAAGCGUCUCCUUCAUAUCUGCAAGGAGGUUACGCAAGCCUAUGCAUUUGUUGCUGCUGAAGCCCAGCUGUAUGCCUUCGACUUCAAUCCUAAGAAUAUACUCGUCUCUGUUCAGCUGCCCCAACCCCACACGCAGCAGCAGCAGCAGCAGCAGCAGCAGCAGAAAGGGCAAGGCAGCAGCAGCGGGAACACGCAGCAGGAAAUGACAUUUGCUGCAGGUGUUGCUGCAGCAGGUGGUGGUGCUGCUGCAGUUUUUGCUGCAGGUGCUGCAGCACCUGCGCGUAAGAAAGCGGGUGUUUCAAGCACGUCGUCCCGCAUGCAAGCAGCAGCAUCCAGCAGCAACAGCAACAGCAGCAGCAGCAGCAGCAGCAGCAGCAAACCUCGGAGCGCCAUGGAAUUAACGCAGCUUGCAUUUCUAAGCCCAGCAGCAAAAGUUAGAGUUGUUGCUAUAGACUUAGACUGCUCAUUAUCUGCUCCUUUCUCUUUAGAAGCAGCAGACCCUUUGCUUCUUGAUUGGUGCUGCGGCAGACGGGUUGUUUAUUCGUGUCCUCAUAUACCCUGUCUCCUUGCUGCUUAUAUCCUUGCUGUCUUAGCUAAAAGCAAACAAACAUCACAGUUUUCAAGAGCAGGGCUUAGAGAGGAGACAGCGCAUGCAGCAAUACAAAGGAGACUCAGAGACCCCAAUAACUUCCUACAUUAUUGCUGCAUGCAGCAGCAGCAGCAGCAAAUGCAGCAGCAGCAAAUGCAGCAGCAGCAAAUGCAGCAGCAAAUGCAGCACCAGAUGCAACAGCAGACCAAUCAGCAGCAAAUGCAACAUAUGCUUCAUAAACAGCAAACACAGCAGCAGCAGCAACAGCAACAGCAACUAUUGAUGAUGCAGCAGCAGCAGCAACACCUGCAGCAACAGCUGCAGAAGAAAGGUGUAGCAUUGCAGCAGCAGCAGCAGCAGCAGCAAGUGUCUCCUACUUGUACGACAGCAGCAACAACAACUCCCAGCAGCAGCACGCGAUGUCUUACGAUGUCUCCAAAUAGCCGCGAAGGCGUUGAUAUUUUGUCUCCUUCAUCUGGUGCUUCUAGUGCUUCUAUUUGCAGCAAAGUUGCUGCAGCAGCAGGGAUAAGUGUGGGGGGGCGUUCAUCUCCUGCAGCAGCAGCAGCAGCAGCAGCAGCAUCUGCUGCUUCAGCAGCAGCAGCAGCAGCAGCAGCUCUUUCUUUUCCUGCUUAUCAAAGCCUCUUCCUGUACCCUCAGCAGCAGCAGCCAAAAGACAUUCCUCCUAAAGAACAUGUUAACUACGGUGUACGCUUAACACAGACGCAUACUUUGCUGCAGCUGCUUGCUUUUGUAUUGUGUGAUAUAUUAGACGCAAGAAGCCUUCAUAAUAUCUUUUUGCUGCAGCACCCGCUGCUGCUGCAGCAGCUGCUUCUGCCUACUGAGGUUGGUCUUCUUUUCUGCGAGAAGACACAAAUUAUCAGCUGUCUUUGCUUCUCUGCUUUAACUAGACUUCAGAGCAAUGCUAUUCCUCAUCCUGCUGCUGCAAGAGCUGCUGCUGCUGCUGCUGCUGCAGCAAAUGCUGCUGCUGAAGCUGCUGCUGCUGCAGCUGCUGCUUCUGCAGCAACAACGCAUACACCCGAGCGCAAUAACGCUGCACACCCAUAUAAAGGUGCACACGAAACUCGCUUGCAGCAGCAGCAACAGGCAGCAGCAGCAACUGCAGCAGCAACUGCAGCAGCAACUGCAGCAGCAAAUGCAGCAGCAACUGCAGCAGCAACGACAGCUCGCAUCCCUUGGCAAGAAAGCUCAAAGAAUGAAACCAGCGGCCUCCGACGAGUGCCAGCAAACAGCAGCAGCAGCAGCAACAGCAGCAGCAGCAGCAGGGCCCCACAGCAGGUGCCGCAGCAGCAGCGGCAGCUCCUGCUGCAGCUACACCCAGCAGACAGGCGGUUUGUUACUGCAUGCAGCAGCAAAAGACGCUCUACCUGCCACCCCUCAGAGAGCAGCAGCAUUGGGGUGGACCCUGUAGCCCCGCAUGCAGCAGCAGCAGUUGCUGCGAAUGUUGCUGCUUCAGCAGCAGCAGCAGCAGCAGCAGCAGCACAACCAGGAGGCAUUGCUGCUCUCUCCAUAUGGGAGCGUCUUGAGCUCCUUCCUGCAUUAACACCAGCGCAGUUUCUACCUCCCCCUGAGUUGCUAGGUGCAGCAGCAGCAGAAGAAUUUGCUGCUCUGCGGCAUUUGCUGCUGCAGCUGCUAGACCCUCUACCUGUCUAUACAUCUCAACUAGGGACUCCUAGACAGGCAUACGCUACCCUUAUUGCUGCAGUAUCUAGAGUCGCUGAAAGACUUGAAGCAGAGUGA